GUUUCAAGUUCCCCCUAGGCUGAAACCCUGCCUGAUUUGUGGGCAAUGUUGGGGAUGUAGAAAAAAGGAAACCGGAGCAAAGAACACUAACUGGGUAGCUAUGGAGAUAGUAGGUUUUCCUUGUAGCUUUCUUUGACAGGUGUCGGACUGUGGGAUAAAACAAAAGUAACGAAACAGCCUGCAGUAUGUACGCCAAGGGGAAAGGAGCAGUGGUCCCUUCCGAUAGCCAAGCAAGGGAGAAGUUAGCGCUGUACGUGUACGAAUACCUGCUCCACGUGGGAGCACAGAAGUCUGCACAGACCUUCCUGUCCGAGAUUCGAUGGGAGAAGAACAUUACAUUAGGGGAGCCCCCUGGAUUCCUACAUUCAUGGUGGUGUGUAUUCUGGGAUUUGUAUUGCGCUGCCCCGGACCGAAGGGAGACCUGCGAGCACUCCAGCGAGGCCAAGGCCUUCCAUGAUUAUAGUGCCGCUGCGGCGCCCAGCCCAGUGAUGGGGAACAUGCCUCCCAACGAUGGCAUGCCUGGUGGCCCCAUGCCCCCCGGGUUCUUCCAGGGACCUCCUGGCUCUCAGCAGUCCCCUCACGCACAGCCCCCCCCUCACAACCCCAGCAACCCCAUGAUGGGACCCCACGGACAGCCUUUCAUGUCGCCACGGUAUCCAGGUGGACCCCGCCCCUCACUCCGAAUGCCAAAUCAGCCUCCGGGGGGCAUCCCUGGCUCCCAGCCUCUCCUGCCAAACAGUCUGGAUCCCACCAGACCACAAGGACAUCCCAACAUGGGCGGCCCCAUGAGGAUGAACCCCCCCAGAGGAAUGGCCAUGGGACCACAGAACUAUGGAGGCAUGCGGCCCCCUCCAAACUCCAUGGGGGGUCCCAUGCCGGGAAUGAACAUGGGACCUGGAGGAAGAGGGCCGUGGCCAGGACCCAAUGCUAACUCAAUAGCAUACUCCUCCUCCUCUCCCGGCAAUUAUGUGGGUCCUCCUGGCGGAGGAGGUCCACCAGGAACUCCCAUCAUGCCCAGCCCAGGUGACUCGACUAACUCCAGUGAAAACAUAUAUACUAUGAUGAACCCCAUCGGACCCGGUGGCAACCGGCCCAACUUCCCUAUGGGCCCAGGGCCGGAUGGACCAAUGGGAGCCAUGGGAGCCAUGGAGCCACACCACAUGAAUGGGUCACUAGGUUCUGGGGAUAUGGACGGGUUGCCAAAGAACUCUCCCAACAACAUGGCGGGAAUGAACAACCCGCCUGGCACGCCACGAGACGACGGCGAGAUGGGCGGUAACUUCCUGAACCCAUUCCAAAGUGAAAGUCCUUCUGGGACAGCCCUCGAGCAUGCUGGGACUCUAGUAAAGGCAGGGCGUCCCGGGACGUGCAAGAUGGCCACCGCCGUAAACAGGAAACAGUUACAGAGCCAUAGGAAGAACCUCCUCUCUGACAACGCCUCCUGCCUCCCUGGCUUCCUGUCAGGAUCUGGACAAUAAGAUGACGAGGAAGAGGGAGUGAGAUGGGAGGAGAGACGCGAUAAGUCCCCCUUUCACCCCCCCUCCCCCCUCCCCCCCAGGACUCGAUAGUGGGGGUGGUGGUGGGAGGUUGGCAGCAGCUACCUGGAAGCUUCUCAACCGUGAUGGAUUUCAUUUUGCUUUUCUGUUUAUGGUUUCAUUGUUUUUAUUUUCUUCCUAAAGGAUCCGGUGCUGGGACAGGGCAAACAGUCUCUUGCCCACGGGUCCUCUCUCUGUGUGUACAUUUAAAACAGAGGUCUUGUGAUUAAUUCAUUGAUUUAUGGAACAUUCUUCCUUUUCUCUCUGUAUGUAUUGUAUCAUUGCUAUUUUUAUUAUUGUGCUAUGAGUAUUGGUAUGAUGAUCAAGAUCGCUUUAAAAUUAGGUUUUAAUUUGUUUUUUUGUUAAAGGGCACAUUACCAUCGUGUUGCUAGGAUAAGCGCACACACAGAUACACACACACACACACACACACGCCAACACUAUAUAUAUAUAUUCACAUGCAGAAUGCACAGCACUGCUUCUGUUAUGACCUCUGUAGUCACUAUAGAACACUGCCGAGUCUCUAUUUGAUUAGCCGCACAUCGAACAUCUAAAGAUUGGACACAUCAGAUCACAUACAGUACGUAUUUCAUAGGACUGCGUAUAUCCUGCCUGUGGACAUAGUGACCCCUUUAGCGCCAUCAUGGUACUGUUGACUUAGAUGGCCAUCCUGGUGUCCUCAUAUGUUUUACCUGAUUUUAGAGUUUGUGGUGUUUUUUUUAUCAUGGGCUUGUUUGAUUAUCUGAACGAGAGAAAAAGUCUUCCGGACUUUUUGCUCCCACGCAGUCAACAUGCUAAAGUUAAAGCUAUUUAUUUGUUUUUGUUUUAUUCUUUUUUUUUAAAUCGAAUUUAGUUUUCCUCGUGAGUUCUUGUACUUUUACUGUCUGGCAUCACUGUUCACUGACUCCAGGGUGUGUAGCAAAAUACAAAUGUGUACUUGUACAUACUCUGAUGAAGUACCUCCUCAAGUCUCGUUUGAAUACACGCAACAGGUACGGGCCGUGGAUGAGAAGCACGCGUACUGGAAACCCCCGAUGACCUACGUCACAGGUCUGGUUGACCUGGGAACAGCACGCAGAUACAGGCCGCUGUACACAGGCUCACCCGCUGUUGGCGUGUAGUAGGAACCAGGCUUCAGAGUCAUCAGGGUCCCGUACAGCUCUGUCACAGCCUGUUCUCACCGGCUGUAUUCUCAUUUCCUCCCGACUCGAUUUUCUCCUCCCGUGUCUUUUCUUUGAUUUUCCUCCCUUCUUUGGCGACCUGGGGGGGUAGGGGAGGUUUAGAAGUGUGCCCCAGCUUUGCCCAAGACUAGCACCGGGGCUGUUUCCGGUUCGACGUGGACGUACUCUUGAGACUUGAGGUGGACACCUCACCUGCUGAGCAAGCUGCACGCUGGUGGACUGAGUCCAGAAUCACCAGGUGGACCUUUUGGGGGUGGGGGGGUGGGGGGGAAUGGCUGUUUGGUUUAACCAAGGGGGCCAUGCUCCCUCUUCUUUCUGUCAGGCGCCAAGACUUGUCACCCCUGAGAGGGGGGGGGAAGACUUUCUCCCUUGUGGCGCUGAUCACUAUGGUGACUGCAAAGACCUUCCUUCCUGAUUCUGAAAAAACCACCUCCGUCCUUAUCCAUCUCUCCCAAUUAGCCCCAGUCUACACAACCACACUCUCUCUUGCUCUCUGAUUUUAUAACUUCUCCAUAUGUUUUGGGUUGAAUUUGAUUUGUAUUUUUUUUGUAAAUACUGUAAAAUGCAUUUUGAUAUCAUUGACAUGUUUUGAUAUUUCAAUCACAACUAACUAACUUGAUCAGAGAUGUAAUGAUUCAGGCAACUGCGUUACUGUUCAUAGACACUGACAGUGUGUCUUCACUGCAUUGCUGUUGAACUCGGUCAUGACAACAGGUAUGGUGAGGAAACCUGUUGUUCCCAGCUGCUCAGGUACCCUGGGCCUCACGGCACUCGAGUACAGGAGGCCACACAUGUUUUCAUAGGUAUGAUGAGGAUGCUAUUUGAAAUACCUUCAGCUAACUCCCUGUCCCACACUGAAAGUCACUGUAGACGAAGCGGGUUCCUUUCCUUUUACGAAGACAAGCGUGUAUUUUUCUUCGUCCUCGAUCUCCCGUUGUCGGAGGUGCAGAGUGAGGGGGAACGACUACUCCUGUCCUGGAAGAAGAAGCCGUGAGGGGGAGGAGGUGUGUGUGUGUGUGUGUGGGGGGGGGGGGUUAAGAAUCAGCCUCUUUGGUGGUUAGCGGUCGUGCUGCGGCUGCCUUCCAACUGCUCCUCUUGUCCAUCGGAUCACCAGAACCGUAAGGCAGGCCACACGUGUACACACACAUGCCCACCAGGGACCACCCCCGAUGCAGUCUUUACUAUGAAGGAUUUUUAUCUAUUUAAAGCGGGGGUAUUAAAAAAACAAAAAAAAGUUUAAAGGAAAAAAAAAAGACAAAAAACAAUCAAAACAAGAAGUGUAACAUUGGCUGUUCUUAUUGAUAGAGAAGGGCGGAGCUCUGGUUCUCCCGUCCUGUACUUUGACAUGCUGUUGUAUAGAAUACAGUCCUUCUGCUUUGGCGCUCUCUCUUUCUUUCUCUCUAUCUCUCGCUCUCUCUCUUCCUGUUCUGUAAGUAAAUCUGUCACACCGUUGAUCAUUUCUGUAUUUCUAUCGUGCUGAUGUAUAAUACUGUAACAUUCAGGGGGAUGGCCAGAGAGAGGGUUGAGGGGAGGGGGAAGGACGGGGUGAGGAAAGAUUCUUUCUGUUCUGUUCCUCGUUUUCCUCUGACGACAAAGCAGUAUUGAAUAUGAGGCAGGCUGUCCUGGUGGGUGCUUUGUAUCUCAUGUUAGGGUAGUUUCAGAUCCUAAAUGUCUUGUGUAGUAAAAUAAGAGGUUCCUCUUUGUAUGUUCCUUUAUAUUGUAAAGUUUCUUUAGACAGAAAAUGUUGCUUAUUGAAAAAAGGUGGGGAAAAAAUGCAUCGAUAAUAAAUGUAAUUCUUUUUUUUUUCUCCAUAUUUUUUCUUUUAUUUUUCCCCAUGAAGUCGCCAGUCGUUUUUGCCUGUGUCCCCCUUGUUGUAGAUACAUAUUAAAAACAAAUAAAAAUGACUUCACUCCUUUUA